AUGAGUUUGAAGUCGGGAGACUUCCCAAAAUUCAUCAAAGCACUUGACAAUAGAGCGUGCGUAAAUCUGCGCAGAGGUACUUACUCGGUGUUUGAGGAGGCCUGCAAAACUCGUGGAAGGAAGCAAUUUAUCGACGCAUGCAUAAAACGUGGCGCCCUGCUUGCAAAGCAAAACCCCGAGACCUACGAAUAUCCCAUUCAUCUUGCAGCCCUGUCUUUCGAUAGCGAAAAUCUGUCGCAGUUGCUUAAAGAUCAGCGAAUCUUUGUCGAUCAGAAGUUUGAGGAUCGUACGGCACUGUAUUUGCUAUUUAAGCAGAUCAAUAGUGAUAACUACAAGGAGGUGUUUGAGUGCAUCAAGUUGCUGCUAAAACAUCACGCCAAUAUUAACGCAACAGAUGAAAACAGUGUGUCUCCGAUAGCGCUGCUAGUGACGGCCGGUAACGACGAUUGGCGCAAAGAAAUACUGGAUUACUGUCUACAAAACUACGCUGUGAACGUAGACUUUCGCCGUAAACAAGCACGAAAAGCGAUUGAGAAACAUUUUCCGGGGACUCCAAUUCCAGAAAUCGACAUGGAAAAAGUGACUGUGGAAAUUCUCAGGAACAAACUGGCUGCUGGUACGGAAGAAGAUUUUCUCACAGCAUAUGAGAAAUACAUCGCACAAAACAAUGGGAAGAACGAUCACGUGCUUCGGGAAGAAGAUUGUGUCGAGCUUCUAUCUGUCGCAGUGUACCGGGCGAAGCUGUUAGCUGCCCAGAAGCUACUAGAAGGUCAGAUAGCAGACGGCAAAUUUGUUGGAAAACCUGCGCUACUCUCCGGACUUUUGGCCAAGUGCUGUAAUCGUGGAAAUGUUCCGAUUUUAGAAUGGUUGCUCAAAAUCAUACCGGCUCAUGAGGUUGGGUUGAUAAACGAAGAUCCGCUUCUGUCAUUGCUGGUGAAGCAAAUCGACGUGUACAAGGACAAGAACAAGUGUCCCUUCUUUAAAAGCAUGGGAAUUUUAUUGAACGAUCCGCGCAUUGAGGUCGACAAGAUAGAUGUGAAACGGUACACCGCGAUGCACUACGCUGUGAAGUAUAAGAUCGAUCAUGCUCAGGAGCUGCUGCUUGCCAAAGGGGCCUACAUCGGUGGCGAGGAUCUAUUCGGAGACUCUCCGAUAAGCGAGAUGGAUUCGUUCCUGUUGGAGAAACAUUUGGACUCGUGCGUGACGGACAACGAUCGCAAGCCGGGCGACGAGGACUACGAAGUGAGAAUUCAUUUCUCCAACUUCAUACCGCCACACCGGAUGUUCCAAACGAACUACCCAGACGAUGAGAUGCAGCCUAUAGUAACGAUAGCACAAACAGCUAGUAAAAAGCAACUGCUUUGGCAUCCGGUAGUAUCGAGCAUUUUGUUGCUAAAGUGGAUACAGUUAACCCGCUUGAUUUAUGUAAAUUUGUUUUUUUCGCUUAUAUUAACCGUCUCGCUCAUGAUGUACAUUCUAUUCUGUCUCGGUCGAGAAGAUGACUCUUUCAAGCUAUUCUUCUAUAUUGUUUCGAUAAUCGGAUGGGCAUAUCUGAUAGCGCGCGAGUUGAUCCAGCUUGUGGUGUAUAAGUUGAUGUACUUUCUAUCGAUAGCAAACUUGUUGGAAGUGGUGCUCAUCAUUGCGUCCGGUGCCAUGUUGUUUUGGCAUCUUCAUUAUCCGGCAAUCCUCGUUAGUGUUAUCCUUACACUAGGACUAGAACUCACCUUGCAGAUUGAAAUGAUCCCCGUAGACUUCAUUUCCACAUAUAUGGCAAUGUUAAAAACAGUAUCGAAAAACUUUUUCAAGUGCUUGGCAGUCUUCUCGAUAAUAUUGCUAGCAUUUACAUUCAGCUUCUACACGGUGUACAGAACACCAGCUAGCACUGGACUCAGUGAGACGACAGAUAACAAGACAAUUAAAAAGCCGGUUGAAGAUGGCGAGCAAUUCAAUCAAUUUCAGGAACUGCCGUUUGCAGUCAUAAAAACGGCAGUCAUGUUAACCGGUGAAUUUGAAGCUGCAAACAUCAAAUAUGAAAUAUCCUGCGUUGUCUACUUCUUGUUCCUGCUGUUUGUGUUCCUCGUGGCGAUCGUUAUGAGCAACCUAAUGAGUGCAGUUGCUGUGGGCGAUGUUACGACCAUUCAGGCAGAAUCGGAAACCAGCGGUAUAAAAAAGAUGGUCUUCGUUAUCUGUAAAUAUGAAAAUGCACUGAAAGCGUUAAAUUCAAAUCGAUUUCUAUCUAAAACAACUUCGUGGUUGAUCCCAACGAAAAGUUUGCAGCUCUUUCACAAAAAUGAACCACAAAAGAAUGUCAUCUUGCGACCCAACAAACCGCGCAUAAUUAAAUUUGAAACAAGUCGGAUGGAAGCGCUAACGUCCGCAACUGUCGAAAAUGGCUUGAGGAAGUACGAGUUAGUUAAUAGCACCGAUUCCCCAUGGCGUCGCUUUACGUACAACUUAGACCAUAAGCCUUACACUAUGAUGCUUGAUAAAAUAGUGAAAAGUUCGAAGCAAAUUCUUAAUUCACAUAAAACAGACGUAGGUUCGAUCGCGUAUUAUAUAUCACGAUUGGAGCAGCAAUUGGAAAUUAUGGCACAGGGGCAGGAGGAGUUGAGGAAGGAAGUAUUGUCACUGAAACUAAUUAACUAA